AUGUUUCCAGCCUUCCCACCAUCAUUCGCCCUUCUGCUCUUAGGGACGCUAAUCACUUCCCACAAUCCUGCUAAUGCUAACCCCGUGAAUGCAACCAAUAUCACUUCUAUUGAAGUCCCUAACCCACAGCACAGUGCCACAAUCUGUGUUCCUUGGAUAUUUCAGUGCGCAACUGGAUUAGCAUGUUGCUUCUUCCAGUGCACGAACACAACUUCAAACACAGUGCACCGGAACUCAACCCGCCUGCUGUGCUGGGAAGUGUACGGAUCUCAAUGUCGAUCCUUCCAGCUGCGGUGCAUGCAACAGGAUGUCCGCGAUGUGUUGGCCAACAACCGGUUUGCUGCUCGGGGACAUGUACUGAUUUGGCGGUGUCGACUAUUAACUGCGGAUCAUGCAACAAUCCAUGCAAUGGAACGCAACCCGCCUGCUGCGGAGGAACCUGCAGAGAUCUCAGCACCGAUAUAG